UUAGUUGAUGCACUCUACGGGGAUCAUAAACGUCGUCGCAUGAUUCGGCUUGGCAGAUGGACACAUGCGCGCGAGGUUCCCCAGCAUGAAGAUGUCAUCGCAAACUUUAGACACAUUCCCUACAGCUUUAAUAUCGACGAAGCAUUGGCUCCUCACAGUCAACUCCUCACAAAUAUUUUUGAGCAGCCUGAUCCUGCAAAGAUGCGCAAUGCAGUCCCAGUGCUUGGGUACCUUGCCGACCUAUCGGAGAAAACGGGUCGCAAGCAGACUACUGUGCCAUAUUGUGGUGAUCUGUCUCUUAUAGACUGUGCUCAGAUUGCGAACUGGGUCUACCAUCACAUCCCUGGUGCAUCCAAACAAAUUGUCAAUUGGCUAAACUGUGCUACCUAUGCGCAUGCGUGCACUAUUGUAUCACUUCCUACUCUCGAAGAGGAAGCAAAUGCGAUACUCCAGGCGGCCUGGCUUGACCUCCAACUCAGCUAUGAUAUGUCCGCGAUGGAUGUCGACGUUGAUCUAGAGUGCCUUAGUAUACUCGAACAGCGAAUGUUCGAACUCUCGUUGGCCGCAGGUGCAGGGAAUGAACAAUGGGGAAAAGAUGCUGGCACGCACCAAGACCGAUGGAACCCAUAUGAGGGUCUCCCCGAGCACUGGAAUCAUGGUGACCGAGAUCCGUAUGCACCAGAAUUCGAAGGGGAACUGGAUGUGCGUUGUUUUCAUAUUCACAGCGGCAGGUUGCAUUAA